AUAAGGCGCCUGAGGCUCACUCUGCUAUCCAUUACUUUUCACUGCAGUGAGGCAGACUGUAAUAAUCGCUUCACAGAUACAAUCGCUAGUCUGAUGUAGGACUUCCUGGUCAGGCAGACGAUUAACACAAGAAUCAGAAAACGUAGGCUGGUUUGUCGGACUUCUCUCCGCUAACCAACAAGCAGUCUACUCACCGGGCUCCAACCUGGUCCCACCGUUAUCUCGACUGUGUUAUUUCGCAGUGGUAAACAGAGAGGGGGAUCACUAACGUCAACGCUACUCAAAUCAAAGUUAGCUAGUUAGCUAGUAAGCUAACUUCAACGCUCUAGCCAUGUCCGCUUCGGCUGGAUGCUCCCCGGCGGCUCAGAGCUCAGGCCUUGGCCCAGGUAUGUCCAUGUUUCGCUGGCUAGAAGUGCUGGAGAAAGAGUUUGACAAGGCCUUCGUGGACGUGGAUCUGCUGCUCGGAGAAAUAGAUCCAGAUCAAGUCGAUAUCACGUACGAGGGUCGGCAGAAGAUGACCAACCUAAGCUCCUGUUUCGCUCAGCUCUGUCACAAAACCCAGACGGUUUUCCAACUGAACCAUAAACUAGAGGCCCAGCUGGUGGACCUGCGCUCUGAGCUGACUGAGGCUAAGGCUGAGCGAAAAGUGACAGAAAGGGAGGUUCAUGACCAGCUCCUGCAGCUUCAUGCUCUCCAGCUACAGCUCCAUGCCAAGCAAGGCCAGGCUGAGGACUCCGACUCCAUCAAAGACAGACUGGAGCAGGAGCUCGAGGUCAGCAAGAAGGAGAAAUUAGCAGAGGCAAGGCUGGAGGCUGAAGUGAGACUAUUUAAGAAAGAAAAUGAGGCUCUUCGCAGACACAUGGCAGUACUGCAGGCCGAAGUGUACGGAGCAAGACUGGCUGCAAAAUACUUGGACAAGGAACUGGCUGGCAGGGUUCAGCAGAUCCAGUUACUGGGCCGUGACAUGAAAGGGCCAGCACAUGACAAGCUGUGGAACCAACUGGAGGCAGAGAUUCACCUUCACCGCCAUAAGACUGUCAUCCGAGCAUGUAGGGGGCGCAAUGAUCCAAAGAAACCCCUUCUCUCUCCAGUGGGGCAUGAACCAGAUUUGUUGAAGAAGAGCCAGGGAGUAGGCCCUAUCAGAAAGGUGGUGCUAGUCAAAGAUGAUCAUGAGGGGCUAGGAAUAUCCAUUACAGGUGGGAAGGAGCAUGGAGUUCCCAUUCUAAUCUCAGAGAUCCAUCCAAGUCAGCCUGCAGACAGAUGUGGAGGUUUGCAUGUUGGAGAUGCCAUCCUUUCUGUCAACAGCAUCAAUUUGCGAGAUGCCAAACACAAGGAGGCUGUCACCAUUCUGUCCCAGCAGCGAGGACAGAUAGAGUUCGAGGUGGUGUAUGUUGCUCCAGAGGUGGACAGCGAUGAUGAGAAUGUGGAGUAUGAAGACGACAGUGGCCAUCGUUACCGACUCUACCUGGAUGAACUGGAUGACAGCAGUACAGCGCCACCCAGCAGCAGCUCAGCAUCACUGCAGGCUCUGGAAAAGAUGUCCUUGAGCAAUGGAGCAGAGAACAGAGACACUGGGAUCUCCAGUGAAACGACUGCAGAGGAAACCCCUUCAAAGCCUCCUGAGACUGACUGCUCCUCGUAGAGGCUCAGCCUCGCCAUUGGUAUUUGGAUAUUUAACGAGAGGAUUGGUGGGAAAUCCCUUUCGAAGAACUGCAUCAGAGAUUUGUAUGACAAACAUGAGGACAGGGGAAAAUAAACCGAGAAUGUCUGUUUUCCCUUCGUCCUCCUGGUGUUCUGGGGCGGUGGGGUUUGGGGGUCUAGCCUGGGCAUGUGGCAAUGAUUUGGGGUAAAAGUACACUUGUUUGAAGCAGACCUUUUUUCUUGAUAUUUGUUUUAGACAUUAAUGGGAAUUGACAGGACAGCUGUAUUAGAGGAAACGUCACCAAGCUGUCAUGGAGGCACAGUGACGUCAGGGAGGAGGAGCGUAUGCAUUGAAUAGUUCUUCAUCUGGUCUUGACCACACUAUGAGGACACGUUAUGUCCUACAGGGACACGGUAGAAGCCAGGGAAUCUUUCACAGAACAGAAUAAAAACUGUCAACAACCUUCUUUAUCAUUGUAGCGAGUUCACCCAUGCUCCAUCACAUGACAUGUUCAACCAGACUGGGAAACCCUGCAGAAGAGAGCCCUGGUAGCUCACAGGGUAGAGCGUGGGUUUGAUUCCGGCACAGGGCCAUUUGCUGCAUGUCAUCCCCUCUAUCUCCCCUGCUCUUACUAUCUUUCUGUCUCUUCUAUCAGAACGAGCAGAAAUGCCAACCCAUAUCUUUAUGAAUAAAACAAAGAAAAACCCUUCAAAAUAAAUAUCAAGUAGAAAAAUGCUGUAAAUAUUGCCUGUUGUCACAGAUACACCGUAUCAAACUUUUUGAAACACAUAUAAACCUAAGCAAGGUAGAAAGGCACCUCCUAAUCCCAUCUAGAACUGCUGCCUCUAACUUUUUAGCGAAUAACCGGAGUCCUUUAAUACUCCAGUAGUAGUAGUGUGUGGUUUAUUCUUUGUUCAGUGGGUCCUUCAGAGCCAGCAUUAAGAAACCAAUCAAACGGGAGCAAGUUCUCUUCCAUCCUCUAGAUAGUUUAUUUAAAAGUGAAAAAUAGCCUCCCAAAUCCUUGAGGACAUUGUCAUUGACCUGGAAACCCCGUCCUGGUAUGAUGUCCUAUAUCGAAGGCAGUGACUGUAGGGUACAGUAGACCCGUUAUUCCGCCAUAGUUCUUUAACCUUGUUCCAUCACUAACAUUUUCUGGCAUGUUGCUGUAUGUUGAAGAUACAGGGGGGGCAAAAAUUCCAUGUGUAUGAAAUGAAUGAAAUCAUUUUUAACAAUGUAUUGGUCAAUACUGUAUUUAGUUUUAGUGUUUUUAUUCUGUCACGCCUCACAGUAUGUUAUGCAGCAGAAUACAACAAAGCACAAACUACUGUAAGUGGAUUGAGAGUGUCUGACACAGAUCCAUUACUGUGCCCAGCUCUGGUCUCUGUUGUCACCAGCGAUAGUGAGGGAACCCUGAGUACGACUCUGUGACUGUCCAGCAUUAUUGCGUCACUUUCUUUACCUGCUUUAUUUGAUUUAGCUUCCUUGGUGCUUGCUUCAUGUCUCCUAACCCUUCCCACAUCUGAUGUGCAUCUUAUAGGUAAUGUAUUACGUUUAUUUAGCCUAUAAAUAAAGUUUGGUUCCAGUUUGGUUUA